GGGCAAUCGGAUUUCCGGUUGACCGGACGGAAGCGAAAGAAGAGGCAAUCUCUGUCGUCGAUGCCAGUCUUUGCCUUCGCUGCUAACGUUCUGUUAUGAGUUGCUAAAAUCAUGGUGAAAUGUUGCUCGGCGAUUGGAUGUGCUUCUCGCUGUUUGCCAAAUUCCAAAUUAAAAGGACUGACAUUUCACGUAUUCCCCACAGAUGAAAAUGUCAAAAGAAAAUGGGUAUUAGCAAUGAAAAGACUUGAUGUAAAUGCCGCAGGCAUUUGGGAGCCUAAAAAAGGAGAUGUGUUAUGUUCAAGGCACUUUAAGAAGACAGAUUUUGACAGAAGUGCUCCAAAUAUUAAACUGAAACCUGGAGUCAUACCUUCUAUCUUUGAUUCCCCAUCUCACUUUCAGGAGAAAAGAGAGAAACUUCACUGUAGGAAAAACUUUACCCUCAAGACCCUUCCCGUCACAAACCACAACCGCCAGCUUGUUGGUGCUUCCUCGUGUAGUGAAGAAUUUCAGUCCCAGUUCGUUUUUGAACAUAGCUACAGUGUAAUGGACAGUCCAAAGAAACUUAAGCAUAAAUUAGAUCAUGUGAUCAGCGAGCUAGAGGAUACCAAGAAAAGUCUGCGGAAUGUUUUAGACCGAGAGAAACGUUUCCAAAAAUCACUGAGGAAGACAAUCAGGGAAUUAAAGGAUGAAUGUCUCAUCAGCCAAGACACAGCAAAUAGACUGGAAGCUUUCUGUUGGGAGCACUGUCAGGAGAGCAUAGAACGAGACUGUAUUUCAUGAAGUAAUCUUGUGUUAUGUUCUGCCUAAAGUUGACAUCGGUACGGCUUUUUAGAAAGUAAUUCUUAUUUAUUGUCUUUAAACAAUAUCCAUCAUUUAGAGGGCCUCUUUGGAUCCUCUGCAGCAUUAUGCUUUAUAGUUGUUAUCCAAAGACCUUUUUUUUGAAGACAUGCAGAAAUAUGGGCUAGUUAUCAUGUUUUUGUGUGACUUGUGACAAUUAUGUUUUUAUAGAUCUAAACUAGUGUCAGGUCACUAUUGUAAGGUAUUGAAAGAUGGAGAAAAUUUCUCAGGACUAAGGAAGUCAUAUCAAAUCAGCCAUGGUAAGCUGUAGUAGUGGGGCACUUCUUCAGCAGCAUCAGACUUUUGACUUCAAAGGAAUACUUUCAUCAUUAUUUGCUUAGGUACUCCUUAUGGUAAAUGUGUCAAACUAUACUUUUUGUUGAAUUGUACUUUAAAUGCAUCUUACUUCAUUUAUAACAAUGUCAAUCUUGAGUCCAAUCCAAGGUGCUUUUGUUAUCAGUAAUACCAAACAAUACAAGACACCCUAUGGUACUGACCCUGAGAGCAGCAUAUGGUGCAGAACUUCUGGCUUUUAAAGUUGUCCAGAGACAAGCGCAGUUUUCCAGUGUAGAACACUAUUCUUCCUCACUAGGAGCACUUUGACGUUUACCUGCAUGGCUUUAAACAUUUUUAGAAAGGAUGAUAAGUCUGAUUUUUUAAAUAGCUAGUUACUCAGACACUUCUGAACAUUUAGUUUUAUGACUGUUUCAUCAUAAAGAUAUAUAUUCAGAAUCUGAAUGCCAGUGCCAGAUGAAUACUUUUAAUGCUGCUUUGUAUUUUACAGAAAGUAUUGUAAUAUUGCUGACAUUUUAGAAAAUACAAAAUGUAGAAGAAACCAUUAAAAAUAAUAAUGUGGCUCUUCCAGUUGAAACAGGAAUUGUAGAAAAGGUUACACUAUUUUUCUCUAACUAGAAGAGUAGAUUAUCAUCCACGAGCUUUUAUUUAGCAAAACAGGUAAGAAAAACAGCAGCUUUAGAAUAGUUUCUUACUGAAUAUGCAGAUAAUAACUCUUGGCUAUUUUCUGAUUGAGCCAACUAUCAGAAAUUUUGGUUUUUUUCCCCCAAUUUCUUAGAAAAAGCAACUGAAAUUAAGAGUCAUAAAUACUGUGGAUUAGAAUAAAAUUUACUAGCCCAAAGUCCAAUUCUGCUUUGAAGCAUAUGUACAUAUAUGGGUCUCAUUCAGACAUUUAUGCUAUAAUAGUUAGAAUUUGAGUAUCAGUUGUUUCAGUGUGUUAACUAGAAAUGAAGUGCAUUUUGUGCUAAAAUGUUCAUUAUACUUUUAUUUGUGUUAUAUUAAUUUCAGUAAGGAUACAUGGUCCCUUGAAUUUCUUAUAUUUAAGAAUUUUUUGUUUUGAUGCAUGUUAUGUUUUUUAUGUAGGAUUUCAAACCUGCCUUCUGAAUGGGGUUUUACCCACAUUUGAGAGAUCAGCAUUAUGCUAACAAAUCACUAAGGUCAUAUAUUUUUACUAUCUUAAAUAAAACUCAUUAGCUACCCAUUAUUUAUUUAUUUAAUUUUGAACUCAUAAUGGACACUCUAAAUAAGAAAUUUGGGUACGACCUUAGGUUUUAUGGAUAUUUUGUGAUAGAGAUGAAAAAUUUUUCCCUCACCUUAUUUUUGAGUAUAAAAAUUAAAGUCAAAGGACAAUGGAGGAAAGUAAAAGGAUAGAUCCAAAACAGUGUGUCCAAAUUCCAGCUCUCUACAGGUUGCUUAGAAUAAAUCAAGCCUGGGAGACCUUUGCAGAAGUCAAGCCCCAGCUUCUGCCACUCUCACAGUUGCCGUUCACUUUUACUACUUGUGUUCACAGUGAUUGUAGCCCUUAUGUUCUUUUUCACUGUCACUGAGAGAGAGAACUGUAGGAAAAGUAUUGGUCCCAUCAGUGACCUGGAGCUACCCAGUUGCUCUUUAUUUUUAUGGAGAAAUGAUUAGCAAUAGAAACAUGACACAACAAACAAGGUCCUCCCCACCUGCCGCCCCAAACCAACUUGAACAGCAUGUGUACCUCAGUCCACUGUUCCCAGAGAACACUUCUUAGCCUGGGGUGGCACUGUCCUGUGCAGAGCAAAAGCAAUCAUUCCUCAUCCAGAGGUUCCUCAAGCAGCCGAGGCCAACCUAAGGGUUUCACUUUGCUUUAAAGCUUGGAGUGGCCUCUGGAUUCUGGAACAAACAAUAUACCGGUUCAGCCUCAGCACCAAAUCAGGUACGAAGGACCUGACGGGACAUUUUCUCCAUGUCGGGUUUCAGUCUUUAGACUUUGGUUGCUAAAGACAGUCACAGUUAUAUCAUACUCUUUAAUCUGAGGAAAGAUGUAUCAAAAUAUAUAGUUUUAAUAAAAAGGUAAAAUUUUGGGACAACUUACAGAAUAACAAUAAAAAUGAUUUUUAAAAUAUAUAAAAAAGCAAAACAAUAAAAUAUUAAUAAGCAUUUAAAAAGAUAAAAUUAUUACAGAAAUAAUUGGGAUGAAGAA